CUGGUGUCUCUGAAGCGGCUGGUGUAUCAAUGUCCAUCGCAUCGUCUGGAGUCGCGGCGGCCUGGGUGCUUGCGCGCCCGCCUUUCUUCUUGGGAGGCAUGUCGGCUCUGUUUAGUUAUCUUGUGGUUAUCGAAUCGAGGAGAAUUAUCAACCGAAUAGCUGCUCACGAAAGAGACGAUGUGUGUCGGUUCAAGAAUUGAGUCGGAGGAAAGUUGAAGCUUCAAGCUUCAAUCGAGUCGCAGCCAAGCGCUCCGACCGCUGUGGCUGCAGCGCAGUUGACAGACAGGGACCAGGGAAGCUUUAGCGGGUCAAUUUACGCGACUGGGGUGCUCCGUACGCGUUCCACUUUCCUUUCUCAGCGCUCAGUCAAGUGAACACUACUACAACACCAAGCACAUCAAAGAUGGCGGGCCUUCAUGAUGUAAAUACCGACACCAGCAGCUUUUUCUCAGAUGCUCGCUUAAAGAUUACCCCAUUAAAGGAGAAAUAUGCAGACAGAGACGACAAGGAUGACCUCUCUAAUCUCUUUGCAAUUCCCGACUUUUGGCGGCCCUCCAACUGGCUUGCCAAGUCUAUCGAGGAGAUCAAUAAACAGAACCCCCUGUUUUCAUGGGGAGCUGAAGGAACACAAGAUGGACUGAUCAGCUCUCAACUACAAGGACAUCCGACUCCUGAACUUGGCCAGGAGAAUGACGAUGCUUUCUUUAAACUACCACCCAUCUUGAGAGAUCUUGCCGCUCAGCAUGCCAAAGCCCCAGGUACCGAUACAGCUCAGGAAGAAGACCAACCAGAGCUCGACCAUGAACUCUCUCGCGAGGAGGAAGACUUUUGGCUUCUCCCAGACGAUGUCGCCAGCGCCAAACCCCAGUACAAAACAUGGGAAGCCUUUGAGAAGACCAAAGAAGGGCCUCCCUCCUUCAUCACAGAAGCCGGCCCAGCAGCCUUCGAUUCCAUAAUCGCAGCCUCAAACAACGACACUGAAAACAAACCACCAGACAUCCUGGACAACUCAAUCUACUCCGCGUGUCUUUUGACUCUAUCCCUAGGCAGAAGCUCCCUCCUCUUCACCUGGGACUCCACCCAAAACUCCUUCACCAAAACCGCCCCUCUCCUCCGCACCUCGGGCAUCACCCUCGACUUGAUCAAAGCCAUCGACAACCUCUGCCUCGACUGCGGCAACUGCACGAGACACCUCCAGUACUACUCUGAAACCGCCUACUCCUCCCCGUCCUCCUCCCCAACCCGCAUCGCCUUCGCAGGCGUCAUCGGCCGUCUCAUCACCACCGUGGGCACCGAGCUCAGCACCCGCAGCCGCAACGUCAGAUCCAUCCUCCAGCUGCAAUCCCUCGUCCAGCCCGUCCAGACAGUCCUCUCCUACUUCAAAAACCUCGUCCAGAAGGUCGCCACGGCAAAGACAGACGAGGCCAUGCUUUCUGCUUUGUUCCAGGCGGUCCAGGCAGCCGAAUACAAAGAUGAUCUCUUGCGCGCGGCUACCAACGAAGUCUUAAGAAUCGUCUCCCGGCCCUGGACGGAUUUCGUCGAGGAAUGGAUCGGCACCAAGGUGGAGGAGGGUAUUCCCGUCAGCAAGACAGGUGGUUCAGGCAAGGGGUUUGUCAAGGUGGCAGACAAAAUAUGGAUUGACGACCAGGGGUGCGAUCUGGACGAGCCAGAGUACUUUCUAGACGAGUCAAAAAUGCCGGGGUUUGUCCCCGGGGACAUGGCGGAGAGUAUUUUCGAAACGGGGAGGAAUCUGCGGUUUUUGAGGGAGCACCAUCCUGAGCACCCCCUGGCGCGGGUAGAUGUGGUCGAGUUGACGAAGCCGCCGAGGUUGAAGUGGGAGUUUGAGUGGGAGGCUAUUGCGAGGUUGGAGGGGAGGGUGGAGGAGUACAGGGGGGCUGUUGAGAGGGUUCUCUUGGCUGCCGGCGUGGGGGGUGAACAAACUGGUAAUUCGAAGACGGAGGAGAGCGGUGCAGUAGAGUUUGCUGUCUUUUGGAAGUCGGAAGCGGAGGUUGCUACGAAUAUUCUCAAGUCGAUGAAGCAGAUGGAUCAACCGCUGAGGGAACCACCGCCGGCGGAUGACCUUGCCCAGCUGCUGAAAUCACACCUUUACUCCCCCUUAUCUCACAAGACAGCCCUGUCACCGCACACCUCCCUUUUACCACUCUUAUCGUUCAGUCCACUACUGACAUAUCAAUCAGCCCUCCUGUCCCACCUGACUACAACCCUCCUCUUCACCUCCCACUCCUUGCGCUCCCACCUCUCCCUGCUGAAUCAAUCCUUCCUCCUCUCCAACGGCCUCCUCGUCGCCCGGUUGUCCAGCGCGUUGUUCGACCCUGACUCCUCCACCACCGAACGCCAGAAAGGCGUCGCACUAGGCGGCUCCUCGUCAAUGGGCCUCCGCCUCGGAUCUAACCGUCGAACUUGGCCUCCGGCGUCUUCAGAGCUCAGACUGGCUUUGAUGGGGGUGCUGUCCGACUCUCUUGGCGGGGGCGGUGAAAAAGGAGGCCGGUUACCGGGCGACCUGUCAUUCUCCAUCCGUCACGACCUCACCCCGGAGGAAAUAGACAAGUGCAUGAACGUUGACGGGUUGGGAGCGUUGGAUUUCCUGAGGUUGGCGUACACCACGCCGCCACCCCUUCGCGCAGUGAUAACGCCGCAGGUCCUGGCGAAAUACGACCGCAUCUCCCGCCUUUUGAUUCGGGUGUUGAGAGUGCUGCACGCAGCCAGCAGCUUCUCCACCUCGGGGCUACCGCCAGACAGCGAAGACGUCACGUUACGGUUUGCGUGGGAGGCGAGGGGGUUUGCCUUUGCGGUAGCAAACUACUUUUUUGAUAUCGGAAUCGCAAAAGUCUGGAGGCGGUUCGAGACCUGGCUCGACACCAUCGAAGCCACCCUCGCCGACCCCGCCGACAGCGCCAGAGCGGGGAUCAGUCCCGAGAUUUUGAGGCAGAAACAGGAGGCAACGCUGGACAGUAUCAUGUCUUGCUUAUUACUUCGGAAACGUCAACAACCCGUUAUGGCUCUCCUAGAAGAAGUCCUCUCUUUAAUCCUCUCCUUCGCCCGACUUGUCAGAAUCAAAGCUGCCGAUGCCCACUUGGGGUUGCACGGACAGCAGCACUACGACGAAGAGAGGGACCUCUACAAAAGAUUCCACCGCAAGGUCGAAGUUUUCGUCACCGUCCUCCGGGGCCUGUCCGAAAAAACACCCACUGCUGAAGGGAGGAGGGGUGGCAAAGACCAGGAGAAUACCAUAGAGAUGUUACUCACAAGGUUGGAUUUGGAGGGGUGGUAUGCCAAAAAGAGGUAGUAGCAUACAUACAUGAUAUCAGUAGAAAACUACAACAAACACUCCCACCACAG